AUGUGGUGUACUGCUCUUCAAUCCUACACUUUGGCCUCUCCAAUGGCUGAGCCCCCCAGUGCCAACAGCUCACAUCUUGGUUCUUCGUCACCCCUCCCUUUCCCCAUCCCAAACUUUGGCAACGCAUUCGUAGAGAUUUCGGCGCUCACGACUUUCAUCGGCUCGUCGGUUGCUGAGUCCUUAAUUCUUGGGAAUGAGGGCGGAGCAGGGGUUGCGUGGGCCACAAUGAGCGCCUUUGGCCUUAUGGACAUGGUGAAAACAUGUGUGGGCGCUGCCAGCCCAGGAUGGCUCAGGACCAUGAUAGGUGCACGGUCAGAAAACACGGACGCAGCGGUAGGACUGGAAGUAGCCUCUAGCGCGCGCGGGAGGGGAGCGAUGAAGGUCAGAAGGAGCUACGGAGAGAGAGGGCCAAGUGGUCUCUCGGUUGACGCAUCAGUGUUUUUGAAUUUGAGACGCAAGCCAACAGCCUCAGAAUAUGAAAUUAAGUGGGAAGAGAUUUACGCUUUUGACAAGUUAAUCUCUCGCGGGUUGGCGGGUUUCCCGGAUGACAAACCUCAUGAAGCUGCUACCGCCCCAGAAAAAAUUGCAUUGCGGGAUCCUCAAGCUCAUACAGCUCGUAGGAAUGUCAAAAAACCUUCAAAGCAUAUCGAUAUGACGCCCGAUGUAUAUUUGUAUAGUGUCAGUCCUUUCUAUCCCCCCCACAAUCCCUGGUUUCAAAUUCCAGUCCUCCUUCUCAGUCUUGCCAAAGUUGGAGAAGGCUUCAUCUUAUACCACUUCGCUGGCGCCCUCGGCAUUGUUACUCUCAUUCCUUGGGCGUACUUCUUUCUCGUCGCCUGCAUCAUCGAACUCCGUGAGAUAAUUGUGGCCAGAAGGCCCGCAGUUUUCGAUGGAGAAAUUGACAUCGUCGUUGGGCAACUCCCCAGUAUGACCCAACUCGCCGAGUCACCCCCACAAAGUUGGGUCGUCAUUGGUGCACCUCGAAGCCCAAGGAAGACAGUAUGGUGGAAAGCUGCGUGGGUUUUAGGCGCCUUGAUAUGUCCAUUCGUUACCGGGUUCACUUACCUUUCCCUGGCUCAGCAAACAAACGAAAUCGUUAUGCUUUGGCUUAUGUUUCAAGGUCUCUGGUUGCUCGGUCGCAUGUUAGUUCACCACUACGCCGAAUCUCCCAAAGAGGCGAUUGCACCCCGCUUGCUGUACAAGAGGCCUUGGGAGACUUUACCAGGUAUCUUCAGAGAACGCAUAGUGAACUUGAUGGCGGCUCUCUCAAAAUAUAUGGUAUCAGUGCAUCCGCGACAGGAACAUGCAUACCGAGAUAACUCUAGCACGCCCUUGGAAUUGCGAAGGAUCAUAAUUGAGACACCGACCAUGUUGAACUACCCGCUGAAUGAACCUUGGAAACCAUCCAAUUAUGAUAGGUCGCAAGUCGAUAUUGAAAUCCAUGCAGUUAUUGGCGACCCCACCCUCAUCAGCGCAGUUUGGCUCGCCAAUAUCCCUGGCCUCACUUUUGAGAGCAUGUACGAUACGUGCAUUCUCUCUUUGAAGCUUCCCCUAGCCACAUCGCAAUAUGCCACGAUACCGUGUGUUCGUUUUCUAGCUGGUGUCCCGGCAUCAGAACCCCUCAUCUUUGAUGAAGAAACCAACCAACCUUUCGACUCCGUACCCCAGUUCUUUCCGAAAGGUCGGCUUCACGAACCCCAAUGCACGUGGUGGUAUCUGAUCCCAGCAGGAGAACGAAGCUGGCUGGUAAUCAGGCAGGAUGUCUGGAGUCCAGUUCUUGGCAAACAUUCAGCCGAAGUCAUGUCGGAUGAGCGUGUCACUGCCAUUUUAUCCCGGGGCAAUCUUUUGAUUAGUAUCGCUCAUGUCGACGAUGUCAAAUCUGCUUUGGAGAAUUCAAGGAAGGCGAGGGAAACAUUGACUGAGAUUCUCUCAUGA